AGCUCUAAGAAUAACCCAGGCAGGCAGAGCAGAAUAGCCUGGGUUAAGGUUACCUUGAAGCCCCUGUCCCGUCCUAUGCUUCCUGAUCUAAACCAAUCAUGGUCAGGGGAAACUUUUAGGCUGGAUCCCGAACUCUCCACUGGCCGGCCCUGGAACCUUUUCCCUCGACUUUUUGCUCUCUUCCUGGACAUUAACUGAACCUCUUCAGAGACCCUGAGACUAUGACACUUUGAUAUAUUUUAAAUUGUGAUUCUUUAGGGGGGAUUAAACAUCAAGUCCUGACACCAGGUGUAAUAUAUUUAGGGUCUCUUUGCAUGGUCCCAUCCUCUCCUUGACGAUCAGGACUCAAACAGGAUUAGCCCUGAGGAGCUGCAUGUAUUUUCUUCAACACAACUCUUGUUGCUGAAAUUACAUUUUCAAACUGCCAUGACUGAGGGAGUCGAAGCGCAAUCCUUCACCGCAACCAUGGUCAUUGAGAGCAAAAAUGGAGAGGCAGGACACCCCCAAGCCAGGGUGACCAAGAGGACCGCGACUGAUGACCUGUACACCACCUUCAGUUCCCCUAUGGCCUGGAUCCUGGUCGUAGCCCUGGUCGUCACCUGGUCUUGUGUGGCCAUCAUCAUGUUUGACCUGAUGGACUACAAGGGCCUCACAGAUCAUACAUUAUACUGUGACGACCCCUGUUUGCCACCUGGGGUCUCCCCACCUCCCGCUGUCAGGAAAGUAAUUAAGGAUGCAGGAAGGUCUCGAGGAAGCAUUCAGCAUAUCAGCUCGGACCCCAUGAAAGUGGUGAACGUGGCGGUGGAGGAGUCCACUGACUGGGGCAAACUGCUUCUGGCCUUUGUCUCCAGCCUGGUAGCACCCGAGGAGGAGGAAAUUGAAGGUGAGCUACAUCCGGUUAAGAAAAAAGCUGCAUUCCUACCGUCCAGAAAACAAGUUGCAGGGAUGUUUGCAGAGGAAAAGGAACCAGUUGUGGAAGUAGAGGAGGAGGAGGACGAGGAAGAGGAAGAAGAAGAUGAUGUAGAUGAAGUGGAAGAUGAGGAAGAGGAUGGAGAGGAUGAGGAUACGGAAGAAGAGGAUGAAGAUGAGGAAGAAGAUGAUGAGGAUGAGGAAGGGGAAGAGGAGGAAGAAGGGGAGGAAGAGGAUGAGGAAGAGGAAGCAGCAGCUGAGGCCGAGGUAGAUGAUGAUGAUGAUGACGAUGACGAUGAUGAUGAUGAUGAAGCAGAUGAAGAGGACUCUGCUGCAGCGACUGAAGAAGAUGAUGAUGAGGACGAAGAGGUGGCUUCAGAGGCUGAUGAUGAGGAGGAUGAUGAUGAGGAGGAGGAAGAGGCUACUCCACAGGCUGAUGAGGAGGAGGAGGAGGAGGAAGAGGCUGUUCCACAGGCUGAUGAUGAGGAGGAUGAUGAUGAGGAGGAAGAGGCUACUCCACAGGCUGAUGAUGAUGAGGAGGAGGAGGAGGAAGAGGCUGCUGCAGCUGAUGAGGUGGCAGAGGAAAAUGAAGGUGAAGAUGAAGCUGCUGCAGAGGUCAUUGCUGAGAUUGAUGAGGAUGAGGGCCCCAUUCUGAUUGAUGUUGAUGACACAGAGACAGAAACCUCUGCUGGAGAUGAUGGAGAGGAGGAUGACACCAUAGCUGAAGAUGAAACUGAAGCAAUUACAGAUGAGGAUGUCAGUGAUGCUGCUGCUGCUUCCACUGAUGAUGAUGAUGAUGGUGAUAAGGAAGCGGAUGAAAAUGCUGUAGCUGGUCCUGCUGCUGCCAGUGAUGAAGCCACAGAUCAUGGUCCUGUUUCGACUGCUGCUGCUGCUGCUGAUGAUGAUGUUGAUGAAGAAGAUCAUAGCAUAGAUGUUGACCAAACACAUGACGAUACUAAACCCAUUGACCUAGAAGAUGACGAUGAUGAUGAUGAUGUUAUCAAAGUUGAUCUUGCUGAUAGUGAGGAUAUUGAUAUCUCAGACACAUUAGCUGAGGAUACAACUGAUGACUCUACAGAUUUAGAGGACACUGAUGAUGACGAUGAUGGCAAAGUCAGUGAGGACAAUGGUGCCGUCGUUGAUGACGAUGACGAUGACAAAACAGUCGAGGAUUCAGGAGAGACUGCUAGAGAUGUCGCAGACAUUUCUGAUGACACAGAAGAUGAUGAUGAUGAUGAUGAUGAUGAGGUGAAGGAUUCAGCUGAAGAGAUCGGCAAAGAAGAUGACGAUGAGGAUAAUAAAAUCACAACAGAAGCCUUUCAUAGUUCAGCACCUGAAGAAGAUGAUCUAUCCAAGGAUGAUGACGAUGAUGAUGAUGAUGACAUUGAUGACCUUCUUUUGACAGAGAUCAUCCUUUCAGAAGCACCGGAGGAGGAGGAGACUGAGGAACCAUCUGCUGAACCAGAGCUGACAAUAGAGGAAGCUCUGGAAGAGAAGGUAGUGGAGGAAGGGACAGCAGAGCCCAAACCCGAGGAGGUAGAACCUGCAGCCGAAGAACUGAAGGUCAAGCAAGCUGCUCCUCCUGCAGAACAAGUAGUGUGCCCUUGUAUGCAUUCGUCCAAGCCCAAAGAGGCCAAAAGUGAGCCAACGGAGGGGAAAGAGCCCCCUAAAAAGGAACCAGUAGUGAGAGCUAAGAGAGAGCGUGACAUGUGCAGGCCAGUUGAGAAGCCAAAAAGGAGAGAGGCUGCAAGGAAAUUGGAAUUAGAAGCGGCGAUCAGGAAGAGAGAACUAAGACUUAAAAAGGAAGCGAAGGCCACAAAGGAAGAGUCUCAACAUGUAGAUGCUGGGGUGCCUGCACCUGCACCUGCGCCAGUUCCCGCCUGUCAACCCACACCAGUCUACUGGCCAUCAUCAUCUCCUGGCUGGUACUUGCAUCAUAUAUUCACAGACAAUCCAUUUCCACCUACACCCAUGACAGCUCAUCCAGCUCAGCCGUUUUAUCAAGCUCCUCCAGCUUAUCAAGUUUAUCAAGCUCCUCCAAUUUAUCAAGCUCCUCCAGUUCAACCAGCACCAGCUCAACCAGCUCAUCCAACAGCUCCAGUUCAACCAGCUCAACCAGCACCAGCUCAUCCAACAGCUACCGUUCAACCAGCUCAUCCAACAGCUCCAGUUCAACCAGUUCAACCAGCACCAGCUCAACCAGCUCAUCCAACAGCUCCAGUUCAACCAGCUCAACCAGCACCAGCUCAUCCAACAGCUACCGUUCACCCGGCUGAACCAGUACCUGGACCUGCACCAGCUCCAUCGACUCAAGAACCACAGGCUCCCAAAGAAAAGGCUGCCUCCACAAAGAAGGUUCCAAAGGAAAAGACCAAGGCAUCUGCCUCAAAGACGGAGUCUCCUAAAGGAAAUGUUAAGAAGCAAGAACUUGUGGUGUCCAAAGGGAAGGUCAAACCAGCUGUUGUAAAGAAAGAAGCUGUUGUCUCUGAAGAAAAGACAAAACCUUCCACAACAAAGAAAGUUUCAGAGGUUGUUGUUUCCAAAGAUAAAGCUAAAACAACAGCUGCCAAGAAAGAUCCUGUGGAAAAGGGCAAGGACAAAAUGACUCCUACAAAGAAAGAGCCUGCAAUCUCCAAAGAAAAAGUCAAGACAACCACACCCACUACCAAAAAAGUUGUUUUAGAACCCAAGCCCCCUAAAGAGAAAACCACUCCAAGAGUCCCCACUAUGAGGAAAGGUAACCACACAAAUGUAGUGGUGCCAAUGGUCAAAGCCACCGCAAGAGUUGUCACUAUAAGACCCAUAUCUACAAAAAAAGGUCCUGCGAUGAAGGAGAAGCUAACUAACGCACCUGAAGCAGCAAAAGAGAAACCGAAAGCGGCAGAGAAAAAAAAAGAAGACAAGGUGAAGGAUGAGAAGACAUCAGACGCCAAAGCUAAAGCCACACACUCUGUGAAGACUGCCCAGCCCACUAAACCUCUAAAUAAAGCUGAGAAGGCUGAGAAGACUGAGAAGGCUGAAAAGACUGAGAAGGCUGAGAAGACUGAGGAGACUGAGAAGACUGAGAAGACUGAGAAGGCUGAGAAGACUAAGAAGACUGAGAAGGCUGUGAAGACUGAGAAGGCUGAGAAGGCUGAGAAGACUAAGAAGAUUGAGAAGACUGAGAAGGCUGAGAAGACUAAGAAGACUGAGAAGGCUGAGAAGACUGAGAAGGCUGAGAAGACUGAGAAGAAAGCUGUGAAAGAGGCUCAAGAAAAAGAAGUAAAGACCCCUGGUAAAGCAAAGGAUUCUCAGACUGAGGAGAGUGCCACGGACAAGAAGAAGACGUCGGGUCAAACAGUCUUGCAGUGUGUUUUUAUUGGUGGAAAGAGUGCCAACUACCCUUUGCUACCUCCCACCCCUGGCGUGACCCCUGUGUCGAUGAGCCCAGCCAUGCAGUCCAUGAUGAUGCAGCAGGUGCAGCAGCAGAAAGCCCGAGCAGUGGGACAGUAGACUAGCUCCUCACCCCUAUGCUGCUCCCUCAUCUCAGUCUGCACUUCAACCUUAACCAGCAGGUGGCGCUACUUGUAUUUACUGCUGGUCCACUGGCUUCUCAUUGAAAACGGAGGACAAUCAGGAACUAAAGGGGAAGGAUGGAUGGACAGUACAGUAUUAUUUAUUUUUUCUAUGACCGGUAGAGCUCCCGUGAGUUUCUAAGUCCCUAAAUUCCUUUCCUUUAGCUACGGCUUUGCUGUUUUUUCAACACUCUUAGAAAAACAGUUACAAAAGGGAUCUUUGGCUGUCCCAAUAAGAGAACCCUUUUUAGUUCCAGGUAAAACUGUUUUUGGUUCCAAGUAGAACCAUUUUACAUUUACAUUAGAUUUUAGUCAUUUAGCAGAUACUCUUAUCCAGAGCAACUUACAGUAGUGAAUGCAUACAUUUCAUAUAUUUUUUUCCGUACUGGUCCCCCGUGGGAAUCGAACCCACAACCCUGGCAUUGCAAACACCAUGCUCUACCAACUGAGCCACACGACACCAUUUUGGGUUCCAUGUAGGACCCUCUGUGGACAGGGUUCUACAUGGAACCCAAUAGGGUUAUACUUGGAACCAAAAUGGUUCUACCUGGAACCAACAAGGGUUCUUCAAAGGAUUCUUCUAUGGGGACAGCCGAAUAACCCUUUUAGGUUCUAGAUUACACAUUUUUUUUCUAAGAGUGUAGCGCUCAGUGUUGAGUUCUUUGUGAUCUAUGUUUUUCUGUAGAUGUAUUUAUUAUGAAAGGAGGGUAAGUUAUGAAUACAUCACCUUCAGCAGCAAAUGGAAUUGAUCAUUUCUGUACAUUUAAACCAAAUGAAAUGUACACAUGCAUUUAAUUUGUAAUUUAGUCAAUGUACUGUAUAUAAUGUACAUCUUGAUAUUACAUCUUGUAGUUUACGUUUGUUGAAUGGUUACUUCACAUCAUUAUUUUUGUUACAUCACAACAUUCAUCAAGUUAAUGAUUGCAAUACUUGCCUGUACAUUGAUUUUUGGGCCAUCUGUGGCACUCGGAUAUAAAUGGAGUUAGGAGUUUUAUUUCAUGUUUUCAUUCUAUUUGGUUAAGGUAUCUCAAUGAAAAUGCUAUGCAAUAACAAAUGAACAAUGUUUGGCUUUGGCCGAACGUGUCCAUGUUUGUAGGUUUCUGUAGAUGUGUGUCAUACCCUGCUAAUAUUGCACUCUGUGCCUUACCUGUGUCAGGAAAUCCUAAACCAUAUUUUGAGACACUAUUGUAGAAGUUGCGCAUCAAAUCCAGAGUACAAAAGAUACCGCAAAUAAACAAUGAACCACUGGGCAAAAACUGGUUGAAUGAACGUUGUUUCCACGUAAUUUCAACCCCAAAAAAUCGAUGUGAAGAUUGUGGAAUCAACGUGGAAAACUGAUUAGAUUAAGUAAUCGACGUAAGGGCAUUUCAUAUUCUUUUCACCCAACUUUUAACCUAAGUCUAAUGACAUGGUGACAUUUGUCGUUGAUUUCAAGUUGAAUUCCCAUUAGUUGACAAUUCAACCAAAUGUGAAAAUCAAAACUAGAUGUUGAACUGACGUCUGUGCCCAGUGGGGAAGAUGUUCAGAAAAUAUAUAUUUUUUAAUUGUGUGGCUUUGUGCAUCGUAGUUUGGCCCUAAUAUAUAUUUUAGAUUCAGAAAUAAUAUCAUUAGUUAAUGAAAAAAAGUUAAAAUGUAGUCCCCCUUAUGAAGAUGACAAGGAGUUUUCACCUACAGUAAACGUGUCCACUCAUUGUCAGAAGUUAUAAAAUAUGGUUCACAGGCAUGCUAACACCUACUGUAUACAUCUGCCCAGAUCUGCAUACACACAUGAACAUUGCCUUAUCACUCAUUACUUACACUGUGAUGUUGUUUUAUGUAUUGUAUGUUUAAUGUGUUGCUUCCAUGUAAAUAACUGCAUCAGCUUGUAUUUUGCUGCUUGGCAUGUCGGUAAAGGAUUGUGGGAUAUUGAGUAUGGUAGAAUUACUCAUGGGAGCUCCCGUUGUUAACCAGAAGAACCUCUUUCUCUCUCUCUCUCUCUCGCUCUCUCUCUCUUCCUCUGAGGAGUGUGUGUAAUGAGAAUGCAACACUAGAGGAGGUCAAGUCAAUGACUGUCCACACAUUUCUUUUUAUGACCAACAAGGAUUAUCGUGAGAUGGUGUUAUGAUGUUAUCCUGUGAUAUAUACAGUGGGAUCCAAAAUGACUGGCACCCCUUACUGGAAAUCCACAAACAAUACUUAAAAUAUAUAAACAAUAUAAUUAUAGAGAUAAACUCAAAGUACCAACAUGUGAAAAAUACUGUACUUUAUUAAUGUUUCAAUGGAACCCACCAAAAGAAUUUAUUGAUUUAAUUAAAAAUCAAUGUCCUCCAAAUCAAGGUUUCACAAUUAUUGGCACCCUUAAAUGUUAUUGUAAAUAACAUCUACCAAAAUUAAACCAGGAAUUAAAUUCCACUUAUUUAAGUUUAUCUAUAUUGAGCCAUUACAUCACUUCCUUUUUCACUAGGGUAUAAAAAAAAGGUAACACGCAUGCAAUAUCUGUUACGGCUGUUUGAAUGAGCGGACCAAGAUGCAGCGUUUUCGUAGUUCCACAUGUUUUAUUUAAAUCAGUGAAACCGAAUGCAACAAUUAACCCUUUAAGUAAAUACAAAACAACAAACCGUGACGCUGGAGGAACAUAAACCUCCCGAAGAACAAUCACCCACAAACACCUGUGGGACAAACCUAAACUUAAAUAGGACCUCCAAUUAGAGACAACGACAACCUGCUGCCUCUAAUUGGAGGUCAUGCCAAAUAACACCAACA